ACUUGUGAAGAUAGGGUGGGGCGGGGUGGUAGCAAGGGCUAGAGAAGCACUUGGGUUAGUGUUCCCCCUUCCUUGUACAGUCCCAUUCUAGUCCUGACAAGUGACAGUGCUGCCACAGCCAGGAGGGUGGUGCAGCAGACCACCGGAGACACAGACUCUCACCUCUGACUCAGCCUAGCCUACCUCACAGGAUUGUUGUGAGGAUAAAAUGGAAGGAGGAGUAAUUUGGUAGUAGGUCAUGUGCAUUGGAUGAAGAACCAUCUUGUCUCUUACAGCCUAGUUGCUCUCUAAUAUCUGUUGGGGAGGCUGUUUUCCACAUCUGGUCCAUGGCCAAAUCAUGAUUCAUCUGGAUAACAGGAAUAUGCCUUCUCUAUGAUAGUAUGAAAUUUGGAAGUGCAAGCCAACUGUGAUGGCUUCUCAGGAGUUUACUGUUUUAUACACACACCAGAAGACUAAAAAAUCCAAAGUGUGGCAAGAUGGAAUUUUGAAGGCCACUCUAGGGGGGAAUAAGGCAACUUUGUUUGAUGACAAAGGACAGAUUUUGGAUAGCAUGUUUGUGAAGUUCCAGGUAAAACCAGGAGAUGAUUUAGAAAGUGAGCAAUAUUUGAUCACAAUUGAAGCUCAAAAAGCUUCUGAAACCGAUUGUAGUGAUCAGCCAAAGAAUGCAGAAGUACCAACGUUAAUAAGAAAUAAUUUGAAGUCUUUUGCUUCUUCAUCCCUGCAUAUACCAGUUGGCCUAAAGCGAAAACAUACUGGUUUCCAAGGGCCAUGUCAAGUGGAAAAGAAAAUGACAACAAUGGAAGCUUCUGCAGCAGUAAUAUCUCCUUCAUCCAUGGCUCCUCAUUCAUACUUUCCUUCUCAGUUCUAUGUCAACUCUCCGUUAUUUUCUGUUCCUUACAAGAAGAAUGAAGAGAUUGACUUACACUUCAACUUCAGUCGGAAUACUUUCAUAGCGAAUGACAGAAAUGCUCAUUCUGUGACCUCACUGGCUUUCACACCUUAUGUUAAUGAUAAUAAAGUGGUCCAAAGUAGAAACCAUAGUACUGAUGGUGCAGAUGCUGAAUAUUUAGAGACAGGGAUUGAAUUGGAUAAUGGAACAGUCAACUCAAAUUACCAUGCAAGUACUAAUGUGGCAGUUUUGCAGAAUGUCAGGAGUAAAGCACAGAUUUUAUCACUUCUGAAUGGUGAGGGAAAGCAUUUUAAAGUUCCAGAGGAUGAAACUACUGCUUCAUUGGAAAAUGUACCACUGACAAUAAUGAAAUCAGAAUUUCAUCAGAAAUGUCAGCUUCUAUCUGAACCAUCAAGAAGCAGAGAGUCUUUCUUCAAAGAGAAGAUCGUACCUCUGUCAGGCUCCACAAACAACACUACCAAAGAAACCAUUAAAUACACAGUGCCACCACAUUUCUCAGAAAAAAAUGUGCAAACAAAAAGCCGAUGGGAUGCAUACUUGCCAUCAUCUUUAACAGAGAAAUCUAACAAAGAUGAUGGAGAAUACAGUAACAAGAAUGUUAGUGAUCUUCUGAAGGACAAUGGUACUGAUAAUAGGAGCCAAUACAGAGAGGAUCAUAAAAAAAUGCCUGCUUCCUUGGAAAUUAGUAUUUCUUCUGUCAAAAUUCAGCCAUGUAGCAUUGUACCACCUGAAUCAAUCAGGAGGAAAGAGAAUGACACUGAAGCUUUGCCAUCUGUUGGUAGUAUGAAUUAUUCAAAUUGUAUAAAUGCACUGAAAAUGUUUGAAGACAAACACCCCACAUUCAAUAAAUACACACUGAUUGAUAAUUUGAAUGGCUUUUGCCAACAGUCACAAAAUGAAUCUUAUCCAAUAACAUGUUCUGAAAUGAAUUCUGCAAAUUCUGCAGAAGGAGAGUUUGGAGAUAAGCAGCUUACAGAGGUUAACUUCAGUCUCCUAGAUAAACUAGAGUUUAGUGACACGGAGGAUGGAAAGCUUCAUAUGAAUAGCACACUUUCACAAGGUUCAGUAUGUUCUAAAGAGGACACUGAAGCACAGCUUGAGAUCAGUGUUCAAAAGAACUGUGACAUGAAGGCAUGUAGCAGUGAGGGAAAAGGUAAUGUGCAGCCAGCAUUUCUGCAAGACAGAGGUGUGAAUUAUGUCUCAGAAUGUCAGCGAGUACAAUUUCAUGAAGAAAUCUCUGAGAAACCUAAUAAAAUAGAAGAAAAUCAUGUAACUCUUCCAUUUUUAAAAAAGUUGCAACAUUCAAAAGCUACCAUCAUUAAUGAAAAGAUAGAGGCAAAUGCAAUAAGUAUCCAAAAUAUAGGUGAUCAGAGAGAUCUUGGUACAGACUUAUUAACGGUAAACAACAUGGACUGUGAAGUGAACAAUAGUGAGCAUCAUAAUCCAACAACUCACCUUGGAAAAGGGAAUGUUCCUGCUGUUUUAAGUAGUUGCUUCAUGGACAAAAGUAAUGAGAGAGGUAUUGAGGUUGGAGCAGAUAGCUUACAGCCUAGUUCCAUAGAUAUUUGUGAUAACAUGAAACAGAGUAACUAUUUGCUAGCCUUCACUGAAAAAUAUAAUAUUUCCCAUGGUUUCCCCCAGUAUAUUUUAGACAAACAUGAUGCUGCUUCAGAAAAAAAUUAUCUGGAUUUCAGGCCAAUCACUCACCCCUUUAAUUGUGGGACUUCUUCAGAUGAAUCACAAAUGAGUAAAAAUGAAUUUGAAAAUGCAGUAGAUAGCCUGAAUUUUUUGUACAAAUCCAAUGAAGAUAACAAAAAGGAUUCUAUUUGUGUUAAAGCUUCAGUUGAUUCUUCAAGCCUUCCUCAGUUGGUAAAUGGUUUCAGCCUGUUAAAAUCACUUACAGAACACAGCACAGCCUUAGAGAGCCUGCAAAUGAUAGAGGAAAAUACUUUAUCGUUACAGAAAGAGAAACAAAGAAAAAAACAUGAGGCAACGGGACCUGAAGUUAAGCAAAAGCUUGCUGAAGUUCUUUUAUCUGAAGAUGUGCAGAUAUCACCUUGUUUAUAUUCUGGUUCUCCUAAAAUGGAUGCUUCUUUAACCAAUGAUGUAGAGAAGCCCACAACAGCAAUAGUAAACGUGCUACAUGACCAGAGUCCUUUUGAAGUGGUUGACAGUCAGCCAAAGCUAGUUGAAUUUCAAGGGUACCGGGUGAGAGGAUCCGCAGCUAGUGAGAUAAUGAUGAGAGGAUCCUGUUCACAUCUUAGAUGGGAUCCACAGGCUAAUAUGGCAGAAUUUGAAAUUGCUGCAAAGGAUGAUUGUUUUUUCUCAGCCCAAGAACCAGGCAGCCCUGUGCUGCCUGGCUUUAUUAAGACUUCACAGCCUUCUGACUGUUACUUUCCCCCAAGUCCAAGCAGUAAAAAAUCAGUGGGAGACAUGCAAGAACAGGAAUUCAUGGUGUCCAGAAUAGUUCCACAUUUACCUGUGGACAGUGCAAAAAGCUUUUCCCGAAUGGAGGAGUCCAGCUGCCCAGAAGAUAUGUCUAUACUCCUACCCCCUCUUAGAAUACGAACACCAGUUGUGACGGUACCUGUAGAUGGAGAACCUUCUGACUUAGAUGUUUAUUCCAGUGUAAAAAUGUGCGAGGAAGGCCAGCAGUCAUUUGUUUUCUCAGUAGUCGACAUGUAUGACAAGCCACAAAUGUUAGGGCCUGAGGACAGGAUGUGUGAAACCUUUGUUGGUGAAAAGUGUAUAGGAGAAAGACAUGGGGUGCUUACACAGUCUGCAUUGCUUAAUGUGUCAGAACAAAAGAGACAAAGCAAGUGGCAGAAAUACCAAAACACAGUUCAUAGUGACUUGACAACUCAAAAUAACAGUGAACUGGUCAUGACGGAUGACAUCCGAGCUGAGAGUGGCUUAGGAAUGCCACUGGAUGACACAGGAGAGAGUCGGAGUGGUGUCAUCAAUGAAAGCGCUGCAGACUUUGUGCAUCUGCAGAUGAUGAAAAGCAUGCUUUGUAAACAGCAGCGAAACUUUAGCAGCCAAGAUUCUGUUUCAGAAGGAAAGAAACUUUCUUUGCACUUAAAUCAGAAAUUUUCCACUGAGGAAGGACCAAAGGUGCUAGGUCAGCUGAACUGCCACAACAUAACCAGACAUGCCAAGAACUCCUCUGAACUGUUCUUUCCCAGUGCAGAAAUGGUAAACUCUGCUAAUGUCCCUAAAAGACAGAUGUAUAUCCCAGCUGUGUUUCAGUCUCCUGCACAUUAUAAGCAGGUUUUUACUACUGCUUUGAUAGAACACUUAAACAUAUUGUUGUUUGAGCUGUCACAAAAACUACACAAAGCUCUUGGGAAAGUGGAUAUAUCCUUCUAUAUGUCAGUGAAAGGAGGGCAAGGACAAGAAAAUUCAGCACCACUCUGCAACCACAAGACUGCAGCUAAGCUUGUUAUGGUUAAAAAAGAGGGCCGAAAUAAGGGCCGGCUUUUUUAUGCCUGUGAUGCUCCUAAAGCUGAUCGAUGUGAUUUUUUUAAGUGGCUAGAGGACAUAAAUCCAGGACACAUAGAAAGUAGACCUAGCAUUGUUCUUCAUGACAUGAAGAGUAUUGGAACCUACCUCAGGUGUCAAAAUAUUUACCUCUAUGAAGAAUGCCAAUUUGUUGUGCGGAAAGCCUUUGAUAUUCAAAGCAAGCGAUUUGGUAAGCUGAAGAAAUUUAACAGUGCAUAUGCCAACUUUGAUUAUGAUUCUAAAUCCAAAAUAUAUAUUAAGCUGAACCGAAAGGAGCACUCCUCUGUGUACAGCAAAGAUGAUCUUUGGGUUGUUUCCAAGACUUUAACCUUUGAACCCUUGGAUACUUUCAUUGCAUGCAGUGUUUUCUUCGGACCAUCUUCUAAUAACGAAUUGGAGUUGGUGCCUCUCAAAGGUUACAGUCCCUCAAACUGGCACUCAAAUAUGAUUGCCCGUGCCUUGCUAGUUUGUAACGUCAGCACUGAACUUACAACUUUGAGAAAUAUAGAGGAAAACAUCAAUUCAGCCACUUUACCAAUAAUGGAGCAUCUACUAAAAGAGCCUUUCAAAGCUGUAUCUUCUAGCAACAGAAUAAAUAAACGAAAAUUUAACCCACCGGCCUUAAACACAAAUACAAUAACUUCUGGAGCCCUGAGUGCAGAAAUGUCGAUAAAUCUAGCAAACAAAAUGAUUCAGACAUUUAAUCUAAAUAAAGAUCAGGCCAUGGCACUGAUUCAGAUAGGUUCUAUGAUGACAUCACAAGGAAUUGAUACAGAAAUGGGGAAACAGCAAGCCCUUCCAAUAACAGUGAUACAUGGUGUGUUUGGAUCUGGAAAAAGUUAUUUGCUGGCCAUUGUUAUCUUAUUCUUGGUACAGAUUUUUGAAACCAGUGAAGCAACUGAUGGCAAAAGGUCAGUGCCAUGGAAAGUACUAAUCUCUUCUUCCACAAAUGUUGCUGUAGACAGAGUACUACUAUGCCUACUAGAUCUUGGAUUUGAAGAAUUUAUUAGAGUGGGAAGUAUUAGAAAAAUUGCUAAGCCAGUUCUCCCUUACAGCUUGCAUGCUGGCUCAGGACCUGAACAUGAGCAACUGAAAGAAUUGCUUGGUCUGAUGAAGGAUGAUUUAACCCCAGCAGAAAAGGUCUAUGUAAGAAAAACCAUUGAACACUAUAAGCUGGGCACCAACAAAGGUCUCCUUCAACAGGUGAGGGUAGUGGGAGCUACCUGUGCUGCCUGCCCAUUUUCUUGCAUGAAAAAUCUUAAGUUUCCUAUAGUAGUUCUCGAUGAAUGCAGUCAGAUGACAGAACCUGCAUCUCUCCUUCCUGUUGCAAGGUUUGAGUGUGAAAAGCUGAUUCUGGUUGGAGAUCCUAAGCAGCUACCACCCACCAUUCAGGGAUCUGAAAGUGCACAUAGUAAUAGUUUGGAGCAAACCCUCUUUGAUAGACUCUGUUUGAUGGGACAUGAGCCAAUAUUGCUUAGGACACAGUAUCGUUGUCACCCUGCUAUCUCUGCCAUCGCCAAUGACCUAUUUUAUGAGGGAAAUCUGUUGGAUGGUAUUUCAGAAGUGGACCGAAGCCCUCUCAUGGACUGGUUGCCAACACUUUGCUUCUAUAAUGUUAAUGGCUUAGAGCAGGUGGAAAAAGACAACAGCUUCCACAAUAUGGCAGAAUCAUUUUUCACUGUCAAAUUAAUCCAGUCUCUGAUUGCUAGUGGCAUAGAAGGAGCCAUGAUUGGAGUAAUAACCCUCUAUAAAUCACAAAUGAGCAAGAUUUGUAACUUGCUUAAUGCUGUACAUUCAGAUGCUUCCCAAAUUAAAGCUGUCCAGGUGUCCACUGUUGAUGCUUUUCAAGGAGCAGAGAAGGAAAUCAUUGUAUUAUCUUGUGUAAGGACAAGACAAGUUGGCUUCAUUGAUUCAGAAAAGAGAGUGAAUGUGGCACUGACAAGAGGGAAGAGGCAUUUAUUAAUAGUGGGAAAUCUUAACUGUCUAAGAAAGAACAAACUAUGGGGACAUGUCAUUCAGCACUGUGCAGGAAGAAAAAAUGGAUUACAGCAUGUUAGCCAAUGUGAGCAGCGACUGAAUGACAUUAUUAAAUCUUACCUGGAAAGGAAGAAGGAAGAAGAAAUAAACAUGGAAAAGAAAAAGUCUACAAGUUAAUUGCUUUCACAAAAAAGAAAUUUAUAACUAUGUGCCUUUUCAAUGUAGAUUACCUUGAAAAUCCCUGUUAGAUUUAGUUGUUAUAGCUUUUGUGUCCCACCAAUACUCUAAUUCAGCCUUCCCUAACCUGGUGGCCUCCAGAUGUUUGGGACAACUCCUUCAGCCCCAGCCAUCAUGGAAAACAUCUGGAGGACAGCAGGUUGGGGAAUACUGCUCUAGAUAUGUGCAUUAAAAGGUCAGUAAAAGGAUUGAUAACCAAGUUAUUCACAAUCAUAGAUAAGAUCACUAGAAACUGAGCAUUCCCUUUCAACAAGCCUUUUUCUUAUAUCUGGUUCUUUUAAUUGUGGUUGUGUCUUAAAUACUCUGGAAUAAUAAAGUCACUUUUUAUAGUGAAUAAAAUCA